AUGGCCCGGAGCCUGCGGCGACGGUCCCCUGUCCGGAGCCUGCGGCGACGGUCCCCUGUCCGGAGCCUGCGGCGACGGUCCCCUGUCCGGAGCCUGCGGCGACGGUCCCCUGUCCGGAGCCUGCGGCGACGGUCCCCUGUCCGGAGCCUGCGGCGACGGUCUCCUGUCCGGAGCCUGCGGCGGCGGUCCCCUGUCCGGAGCCUGCGGCGGCGGUCCCCUGUCCGGAGCCUGCGGCGGCGGUCCCCUGUCCGGAGCCUGCGGCGGCGGUCCCCUGUCCGGAGCCUGCGGCGGCGGUCCCCGGUCCGGAGCCUGCGGCGGCGGUCCCCUGUCCGGAGCCUGCGGCGGCGGUCCCCUGUCCGGAGCCUGCGGCGGCGGUCCCCUGUCCGGAGCCUGCGGCGGCGGUCCCCUGUCCGGAGCCUGCGGCGGCGGUCCCCGAACCUCCCUGAUGUUGUCCUUUAUGUUGCAGGUGUUUUGGCCUGUUUUGGUCAAAAUGGUUUGAACACCACAAUGCCAGAUAGACUGGAUGUACUGACUGGCUCCUGUAUGCAAAUCCCAUGUUCAUUUGAUAUUCCUGACCAAAAUAAGUAUAAAUUUAACAGCACAAUACCAACCUCUGGAGUGUGGAUUAAAGAAAAGACACACUUUGAUGGGCAUCCGGAAAAUGUGAUAUUCAACAGUAGUAAGAUGGUCAACAGAUAUCAAGGGAAGAUAACUGGAAACAUGUCCCAGAAGAGCUGCACCACAGUCUUCUUCAAUGUAACCACCAAUUACACUAAUAGAUACUUCUUCAGGAUUGAGAGUCAACCAUUCCUUGCAACAGACAUUGGAAAGUCUGUUGAAAUAGUUGUCAGAGAUUUGCCUUCCAGUCCCAACAUUACUGUCUCAGGUGAGGUGAAGGAAGGGACCUCUGUCAGUUUGAACUGCUCUGCUGUCGCCCCCUGUCCCGAACACCCCCCUGAGCUGACAUGGACUCUCCCGACACAGUUCACACCUGAAAACCAAAUGCAGGAGAAUCCAGACCAAACCAAAUCAGUUCUCUCCACGGUGACCUUCGCUCCAUCAUACCUUCAUCAUGAGAAGAACAUCACUUGUACUGCAGUCUACCCAGUAGGGGCAAGCAACAAGACAGCUGAACAUAACAUGAUGCUUCACGUUUCAUUCUCUCCUAAGGACACCUCGGCCUCCAUCAGUCCAGCUGAUCCAGUAUUAAUGGGCAGCUGUGUUAUUCUGACCUGCAGCAGUACAGCCAACCCUCCUGUGACAAACUUCACCUGGUUCCAGAUCAGUGAGGGUAAACCAGCACAGGUAGCAUCUGGACAGAGUUACUCCCUCAAUGUGACUGUUGGUGAUGGAGGACUGUACUACUGUGAAGCAAGAAAUAGUCACGGCUGUGGGAAGUCAAGGGAAGUGCAGCUGACUAUUAAAGAACUCCCCGGCUGGGACAGUGUGCUCUAA